AUGCCGAGGUCUAACUUCUUCGCGCAGCUCCAUUCUGACCCCAACAUCCCCUGCACGGUUCCGAUCGGAGCCGGCCCGGAGGAGGAUUACACCCGCAACAGCAGCGCCUCGACGGCGAGCCAAGGGUGCUACUCCGAGCGGAGUACCAUGAGCGGCGAAGGCUCCCCCUACAACAACACCUCCUGGAACCAGAGCGCACCCUACGUCAGGUCCCCAUGGUCUCGCAGCAAGCCGUCGACCAGCUUCUUUACGGACGAUGGCGCCACCUUCCCACCUGGCACGAGGCUCGUCGGGUCGCUGGUGCGGGAGGAAGGCCACAUCUACUCGCUGGCUUCCUCCGCCGACCUGCUGUACACGGGAUCCGAUAGCAAGAACAUCAGAGUCUGGAAGAACCAGGAAGAGUUCUCUGGGUUCAAGUCCAACAGCGGGCUCGUCAAGGCCAUCGUCAUUGCCGGCGAGCGCAUAUUCACGGGCCACCAGGACGGGAAGAUCCGGGUGUGGCGGGUGUCGAGGAGGGACCCCACCGUGCACAAGCGCGCCGGCACGCUACCCACCUUCAAGGACCUGCUGAAGAGCUCCGUCAGGCCCAGCAACUACGUGGAGGUGCGCCGCCACCGCAACUCCCUCUGGAUCAGGCACAGCGACGCCGUCUCGUGCUUGAGCCUCAGCGAGGACCGGAACAUUCUCUACUCGGGCUCCUGGGACAGGACCUUCAAAGUCUGGCGCGUCGCCGAUUCCAGGUGCCUCGAGUCGGUCCGAGCCCACGACGAUGCAGUCAACGCUAUCCUGACGGGGUUCGACGGGCUCGUCUUCACCGGUUCCGCCGACGGCACGGUGAAGGUGUGGCGGAGGGAGCCGCUGGGGAAGGGCACCAAGCACUCCCCCUCUCAAACUCUGCUGAAGCAGGAGUCCGCCGUGACGGCGCUAGCUCUGAACUCGACGGCGGCCGUCGUGUACUCCGGGUCGUCCGACGGGCUGAUCAACUUCUGGGAGCGAAAGAAGCACCUCUCUCACGGCGGCGUGCUGCGGGGCCACAAGCAGGCGGUGCUGUGCAUGGCCUCGGCCGGCAGCCUCGUGAUGAGCGGCUCCGCCGACAGGACCAUCUGCAUUUGGCGGUGGGAGGACGAGGUGCACACCUGCCUCUCCGUGCUAAAUGGCCACACCGGGCCCGUCAAGUGCCUGACCGUGGAGCGCGACAGCGACUCUCACCCCGCCGACCCCCGCUGGAUCGUGUACAGCGGCAGCCUGGACAAGUCCGUCAAGGUGUGGAAGGUCUCCGAGCUGCCCACCGGCGAUCACCUCUCCCGCCGGCAACUGGAGGAGCCCUCCCUGGCCGGGAAGCAUGCCCUCGGCGGCGCCGCCGGCAACGGUGUCGGCGGAGAGGGAGCAUCUCAGUGCUUCGCCUCCCCUCUCGAGAAAUGA